AUGAAAUUAAUACAUCGAGAUUUUCAUAGCGGAAACAUCCUCCAAGAUAUUUCAAUUGACGGAACCAUUAAAACGUUCGUCGCCGAUUUAGGAUUAUGCCGUCCCGUUAACCGAACAUUGAAGAGUAUAUCUGAGGAACGAGAUGUUUAUGGUGUUUUGUCUUAUAUAGCACCAGAAAUAUUACGUCGUACCCAUGAUUAUAGUGAAGCUUCGGACAUUUAUGGUUUUGGAAUGUUAAUGUGGGAAGUUUUACACGAUAAACCACCUUUUCAUAAUGUACCACAUGAUGUACUUUUAGCUCUUGAUAUUUGUAAAGGGGUUAGACCUAAAAUGGAAAGAAGAGCGCCGAAAUGGUAUAUUAAUUUAAUGAUUAAUUGUUGGGAUAGCGAUCCUUCAAAAAGACCAGAAAUAUUAGAAAUUAGAAAAACAAUACAAAGUAGAUAUUGUGAUGCGCUAGAUCGUGAUUUGGCUGCUGAAUAUCUAUUAACCGGAAAUAUUAAUAAUGGAUUCAGUCAAACUUCACAUCCCGAAGCCAUAUUUGCAAGUAGAUUAUUGAAUUUUUCGAAUUUACCAGAUUCAGGUGAAGUUCUUGAUAUUUCGGAAUAUUCCAGUUAUUUUUGUGAUGAUGAACAACAAGUUGAGGACGAAACAAAUAAAGAAGUUGAUUAUAUUACGAGAGCAUUUGAUGAAUCUCUAUCAUUUGUUGAAUUUUUAUCCGGAAAACUAAAAAAAGCAUUCGGUCCCAGUGUGACAGAACAAAAGUAA